AUGGAGUACCUACCUAGUCUUCAACAGGAGUUCGACGAGCACAAGCCGUCGCUCUUCGAACUUCUCGCGGAACAACAGCUCUCCGAUCUCCUACCCCCAUCGCUCCGCUACCUCCUUGCGGUCGCAACACACCGCCACCCUCGCUACCUCCUCCGGAUUCUUAAUUCCUACGAUGAGGUCUACGCCCUCCUCUCGCUUGUCGUCGAGCGAUAUUACCUACGUACCUUUGGCGGAUCAUUCACAGAGAACUUCUACUCGCUGAAGCGGGAGCGAGUUCUUCGCACUAAGAAUGGGGAGAUUCCACGCGCCCAGGUCGGCGCCGGCGGCCCCGUGCGCGACGCCCUCAAACUGCACUCGACAGACGUGUGGAAAAACCUGUUGGUGAUGGUCGGAAUCCCAUAUUUAAAGCGCAAACUUGACGAAGGAUACGACAUCCACGCCGCGCCGCAGGCGGCCCUGGUUAUGGGCGGCGGGCCACGAUAUCACCCAAGCGACGACCUGCCUCACAACCCGACUAUCCGGCAGCGAAUCUUUCACUACUAUAAGUGGUUUUUGCGCAAUGUAUACCCAUCUGUAAACGCGGCAUACUACUUCUCUAUUCUCGUCUUUAAUCUCGCCUACCUAUUCGAUAAUACCAAAUACUCAUCGCCUUUCCUUUGGCUCAUUGGCUCACGAAUUCGCCGUCUUGGAGCCGCAGAUCACCGUGCUAUUGCUGAGGUUUUGGACCCAAAGCCAGCACCCAGUGGUGGACGCUCCCAGCGACCGGGCUCUGGCCUGAUGGGCCUCUUGAGCCCCCAGAACCUCUCCCCACAGCUCCUCACAUCUCUCCGCUACUUCCUUCCCGCCUCGAUCUUCGCCCUGAAGUUCCUGGAGUGGUGGCAUGCAAGUGAUUUCUCCCGUCAAUUGGCUCGGAAAGCUACCGAAGUUCUGGACCUGCCCGCCCCUGUCGUAUCGGGCCUGACCGAUCCAGCCGAGCGACGGAAAUCCGGCCAGGAGGAGAAGGAGGAGAAGAAGAAGCAAGCGGAGCAAGAGAAGAAGUCAUCCGGAGAUUUGAAGUCUGCCCUCAAAUCGCCCCGUCGCCAUCAGCCUCCUAUUUCUGCAAGUUCCUAUCUCCCGAUUUUCACUGUCCCUCUGCCACCGGCCGAAACUUCCAGCGCCAAUACCUGCCCUGUCUGUCUGAACCAACUCGUGAACCCCACUGCUUGCCAAACAGGCUAUGUAUUCUGCUAUGUGUGUAUUUUCCAUUGGCUUAAUGGUGAACACCAACGCCAAUUAGAUUUCAUGAACGGGGAGGGUGCGGGAGCGCCUUGGGAAGAGGAGAUCACUGGCGAGGACGAAACUAUUAAGAAGUCCUUGGAUGCUGAUGAUUCCGCCGAGAAAGCAUCCCGCAAGCGUGGGGGAAGUGGGAAAGUGGCAAAGGAAGGUGUCCUGUUACAGGACGGCGAGUACUCGGUGGAACCGAGGGCUUACGGCGGGUCUUGA